GAUCAUGUCAUCCGAGCUUGAAUUAUUGAAACAGCGUAUCACUGAACUUGAGGCUGAGAAUGUUGAGAUUGCAGAGCUUAGAAAGGAAAAUACUGAUCUUAGAAACAAGCUCUCAGUGUCUGAUGCUGAAAUAGCUGAACUUAAGAGCAGUAAUAACGAAUUUCUAAGAGCGAAUAGGAAAUAUAACGAGAGGCGUGAUGCUGAGAAUGCCAAACUCAAGGCCAGAAUCGAGGAGCUGGAAUCUGAGAAUAUUGAAGUUAGAGAUAGACUCACGAAAGUGGAACAGAAGCAGUCGCAAAAUG